AUGGUUGAAUCAAGCCUACGUAAGAAAGCCUCUUUCAGUUGCGAUCGGUGCAAGCAGAAAAAGCGCAGGUGCGUGCGCGAAGGAGGUGGCAACAUCUCUGUUUCGCUGGACGUCGCACAGGCCUGUACUGAAUGCAUCAAAUCAAACAGUAUUUGUCAUACAAGUUUAAUUAAUCGGAAGCAGUAUGCCUCAAGAUACAAGUGCCAGCUUAUAGGAAAUUCAAACAUCAGUUCUGACAAAACAGGUCCUAUUAAAAGCAUUCUACUUCAGACAUUGAAGAAGCUUGUGCCCAACAUACAACUUGAAUCUGAUGCAGACGUGAUCGGUCUUGCAAAAGCAGUAGGAGUAAAUGUUGAUGGAAUCGUGCAACAAAAACUCGCAACACAGUCAUUUUUAGUGGACAGUUUGGGUCAUGUUGAUAUACAACAGGAGCAAAUCGUUAAAGAUGAUAACGGUGAUCCGCGCCUCCUUGGUUCAUUAGGUACUCCUGCAAUCCACAACAACAUAUUAGAGCUAAUCCAAAAACCAAGAAAUCCUGAGUUUCGGUCAGAAGCAGCUUCAAAUCCGCUGGAAUCUCCUCAAGGAUCUCUGAGCUCGAACUUUUCAAUUUCCGGACUAAUUGAUAAAGCUAAAGCCGUUCGCUAUGCAGAUAUAUUCUUUGAAAACGUCAACAGUGUCUUUAUAUGUGUCUGCAGAUCAGAGUAUGAAGAGCUUGUGCAGAAAUUAUGGCAAGGUGAGACUCUGUCUUCGAUUCAAAGUUUCCUGGUGCUGCUGGUUUGGUUACUGGGUAAACUUUACAUUAUAGAGCAAGAGCUCGACACCGAUGACAGGCUCAUGAGUAUUUAUAAAACAUUUCGCGACCACAUAGUUGGUCAGAUAAGUGUUAAGUGCAGCAUAAUUGGAAUCAGAGUGCUCGUGCUGAUAGCAAUCGUCUCGGAAAGUGUCGAGGAAAGAGAUCUAGCGUGCAACUUGUUUAAAAUAGCUGCAGUUCAAGCAACAUCAGUUGGAAUUCACAGAGAUGUUUUUCAUCAAGAGGUUCCUCGGCUACAAAAGGAAUACUCUGAAUUGUGGUGGACAAUCUUCAACAAUGAAGUGCGCUUGAGCAAUAUAAUGGGACGAUCAAGCUCUAUUGAUUUAGAUGAUGUUACGAUAAGUGCUAACUUUAAAGCACAUCAGCUCAAAAGCAACGUAUGUUUCUACGAAUCAUCCAAAUUGCACCAAAUCCUGUAUCAAUUUCUCAAAUUUAAGGCUUGCAACCUCCAAAAUUCGUUGAUCUUGAGCUCUCCCGACGCAAUAGAGAACGCUGUGCAACUCAGACAAAAGCUUCUAACUUGGAGAAGAAGUCUUCCGGAAAACCUGGGAGAUAUUUUCAAUUCUAAGCUUACAGAACUGUCGUAUCCCCAGAUAUUCUUGCACCUGGAAUAUCACUACUGCUACAUCAAUGUGGGGGUUCCCUUCUUACUAUUGAUACUUCGAGCAGUCAACAGUGGAAAAACCGUUCAGAUCUCGAAAGACGAUCCAAUCCUUCAGCUUGCUGUUUCCUCCAUCAAUUGUUCCAAACAGCUCUAUAACAUUGUUGAGUACGAAUUCGAGAACAAACUAUUCAAUGGAUCGGUUCAUACUGACCUCUAUAUACUAUACCAUGGCGUUUUAGUGCUAACGAUAGCAUCGAUACUACUCAAGUCUGACAAGUGCGGAAACAUCGUGGACACAGAACUGCUUGACAGAACAUUUGGUAUCAGCUUCGAUAAAUUGUGGGAAGUCCUUGGAAAAAUAAGGAAGCUCAACGAUAAUCUAAAAGCCCACUGUUUUGGAUCUGCUACCAUGGCCUGGAAUUUGAUUGAUUCACUCUUGCAUGACCUAGACGGUUUUAUAAAUAAAGAGUGUGAUGACUGGGGUAGCAUGUUGCAAAUUGACCAGAAUUUUUACGAUCCUUUGAGCAUGUUCAACAUCAGCACAGAUGGAUUUUUAGAAUUUUUGAGUACACAGGCAAACGAAGGGUUUGACUUUCGGGUAGCCGAUGUCGUUAGGUAA